AUGUCCGCCCCCAACGCCAAGGCCUUCCCGCUCGCCAACGCGCAGCUCACCAACCAGAUCCUGGAUGUUGUCCAGCAGGCGUCGCACUACAAGCAGCUUAAGAAAGGAGCAAACGAGGCUACGAAGACUCUUAACCGCGGUAUCUCUGAGAUAAUCGUCAUGGCUGGGGAUGUCGAGCCCAUCGAGAUCGUUCUCCACCUCCCCCUCCUCUGUGAGGACAAGAACGUUCCCUACGUCUUCGUUCCCUCGAAGACCGCUCUCGGCCGUGCUUGCGGUGUCUCGCGCCCUGUUAUUGCCGUUUCGAUCACGACCAACGAGGCCCGUGAGCUUAGCAGCCAGAUCCAGGCCCUCAAGAACGAGGUCGAGAAGCUCCUCAUCUAA